UGAUAUUUAUUCAGUUAUCAAGUUAAAAAUAUGGAAUCACCUACGACUGCAAGCACUAUCAAUAUUUUUAUAUCUGGGCAAUUGGAAUCUGCAAUAUUUCCAAUGGGUCCAGAUGCUGAUGAAAUAUUUUGCCGCUACGAAGUGGUUGCUGGUGCCGAUUGGGAAUUGGUGUCUGGUUGUCAAAAUGGUAUAACGCAGACGGCUUCAAACAAAUGUGGCCACUACAAUGACAAAAUCGUACUGAAUAUGCCAAUCGAAAUAACAUUCAAAAGUACAAGUCCUCAUGGAUGGCCUCAAAUUAUAGUAAUAAUUUAUGGUAAAACUCGCUGGGGUGUUGAAACAGUUUUAGGUUACAGCCGCGCUCAUGUACCUAUAUUUGGUUCGAAUAGUGCACGUAGAAUUACAGCGCCAAUACUAAUACCAAAAUGUACCAAUCUUGUUUCACAAAUGACAAGCUGGAUUACUGGAAAAAAUCCUGAAUUAAAGAAUCCAAGAAUUUUACUUGAUGCCAAUAUAAAUGGUUUAGCAGUGGAAUCAUAUGGAGAAAUUAUUCUGAUGUUUAACGUUAUUUCCAGAGGAGCAAAUCAGCUCGGAUAUGAUUAGGGUUGAAAUUAAAACAUAUAGAUAUUUUUUUCCAUUCGUUUUUUU